AUGGCUCGCUACAAAGGUGCUGCUGGUGGCAAAAACGUUACAUCGUUAAAUCUGCUUCCUGGGUUCCUUCAGUACUGGCAGGAUGAGCAAGAGUCAGUACAGAAAAGGACUUUCACAAAAUGGAUCAAUACUCACCUGGCUAAGCGCAAUCCUCCCAUGCUGGUGAAUGAUCUGUUUGAAGAUAUCAAAGAUGGGGUAAUGCUAAUUGCCCUUUUGGAGGUUCUUUCAGGGCAGAAACUGCCUUGUGAGCAGGGACGUCAGCUGAAGAGAAUUCACUGGGUCGCCAACAUUGGCACAGCACUUAAAUUUCUAGAAGGAAGACGGAUUAAGCUUGUCAACAUAAACUCAACUGAUAUUGCUGAUGGCCGGCCUUCUAUUGUGCUUGGCUUGGUGUGGACCAUCAUUUUGUAUUUUCAGAUUGAAGAGCUUACCAGCAACCUCCCACAGCUUCAGUCAUUGUCUAGCAGCGCUUCCUCUGUGGAGAGUGUUGUCAGUUCAGAAACUGCAAGUCCCCCAAGCAAACGGAAGGUGGUAACCAAGGUCCAAGGAAGUGCCAGGAAGGCUUUGUUAAAAUGGAUACAGUACACAGCAGCAAAACAAGUUGGAAUUGAAAUCAAAGAUUUUGGACAAAGUUGGAGAAGUGGUGUUGCAUUUCAUUCCAUCAUUCAUGCUAUCCGCCCAGAUUUAGUGGAUAUGGAGAAAGUGAGAGGAAGAUCAAAUAGAGAAAACCUGGAAGAAGCCUUUACACUUGCAGAAGCAGAACUAGGAAUUCCAAGGCUCCUUGAUCCAGAAGAUGUGGAUGUUGACAAGCCUGAUGAAAAGUCUGUCAUGACCUAUGUAGCCCAGUUUUUGAAGUACUAUCCCGAUCCUCAUCAUACAGUGACUGACGUGCAGGAGAAUGAUAAGGAAGACAGACUCAUGCUGAGAGACCUAAAAGUGUGGGCAGAACAAUUUGAACGAGACUUAGCCCGAGCACAGGUGGCAGAAACAAGCUUACAAGAGAAAUACCAGUCAUUUAAGCAUUUCAGAGUACAAUAUGAAGUAAAAAGGAAACAGAUUGAACUUGUAACCCAGUCAUUAAGGAAAGAUGGUAAAUUAUCACUUGAUCAAGCUAUGGUGAAGCAAGCAUGGGACAGAGUUUCUUCCAGG